CCGACCAGCUGCGAUCUUCUCCAAUCCCCACCGCUUGUUGUCGCUUUGCAUCGGCCCCUUCAGACGGAGGGAUCCAUCAUGAUGACUGCCCCCGCCCCAGCAACCACCUCCCCUCCCCAGCUCCAGCUCCAGCUCCAGCACCACCCCGUCUAUGCCCUCCCCAGCGGCCCCCAAGUCGCCCUCGCCCCCCGCUUCGCAGCUCGGCCAGCAGAACCCCCAGCACCGUCGCGGCUACCAGGCAUGCGACCCAUGUCGGAAACGCAAGGUGAAGUGCGACCUGGGCAGCGUCGACAAUCCCCGUCCUCCGCCAUGCGUGCGCUGCCGCCGCGAAAGCAAGCGCUGCGAGUUCUCCGCCACCCGCCGCAAACGCAAGCCCUCCGAUGCCGAGGAGACCGUCGCCGCCGCUGUCGCCGAGGGCGUGCUGCGCCGCGACAAGCGCAUGAUGGUCGGUGAGGUCCUCUCGAAUAACGGCUCUUCCGUCAGCGAGACAUCCUCCUACGCCGCUCCCCCGGCCCCGGAGCGUACCUCCUCCUUCGAUAAUAAUGCGAGACCCGCGGCGAAAUGGGCGGACGAGUCUCCGGCUACGACUACCACCCAGGCAUCAGGGUCGAAUGGCCCGUCGCGAUUGAAUUCCGCGGCGUCGGCAGCGGCAGCGGCGGGAGCGAGCACGACAACAGCCCCGACGGCGGCUCCGUUUGCAGAAGCGAGAGGUCCCAGGUUAUCUAUGUACCCCGCUGCUGAGAGACAUGGCCCGAGUUAUAGUCUGGAGGGCGGCCAGCCGAUGAUGAACCGCACCGCCGUGGAGCUGCUGUCGCCGGCGAUCAGUAACAGCCAUGACGCGCUGCAUCUCCUGUCCGAGGCGGCGGGACGGACCGAGGAUCUGAAUCGCCAGAGCCUCGAGAAUCGAUAUGCCGCCCGCCAGUCCGUCUCGUCGUUCAACUCGCCCAUGUCGCCGCUCACCCAGGCCGGCACGCCGCGCAGUGGGGGCGGGUCGUUCUCCCGGCCCCCCCGGUCCGGGACCGUGCCGGUGGGGAAUUACUUCCAGGCCGGCGGCGCGGGGGCGGCCGAUGCGCAGAUGGCCGAUGGGCGCCAGGCGGACGCGGCGGAGAAUGUCCAGGACCCCGGAUUCGUGGAUGCGGUCAAGGCCUGGUCGCGACUGCGGUUCGUCCGCGCGGGCUGGCUGUCCGUCGAGGAGGCCAUGGCCUACGUGGCGUACUACUACGAGCAGCUGGCGCCACUGAGUCCGAUCGUCAUCCCCGACUUCUCGCAUCCGUCGACGCAUCGCACCCUCCUGACCGAGGAGCCGGUGCUGGCGGUCACGAUCCUCACGACGGCGUCGCGGCACAUGAAGCCCAAGGGCGAUGGCGCGUACACGCGGGCGUUCUACAUCCACGACCGGCUGUGGUCGUACCUGCGCGGCAUGAUCGAGCGACUGUUCUGGGGCCAGGAGAAGUUCGACGGCAACGGCAUGGGGAUCAGCAAGCCGCGGUCGUUCGAUCUGGCGGCCCCCUCGGCGAAAGGCAGCCACAAGGGCAACCUGCGCGCGCUGGGCACCAUCGAGGCGCUGCUGAUCCUGACCGACUGGCACCCGCGGAACCUGCACUUCCCGCCGGGCGACGACGAGAACGCGCUGCUGGAUCUGGACGCGCAGGCGCAGAGCCGGUACGAACGCGAGCUGGAGCACGACGUCGAGGGCACGGCGAACCGCGCGCCCAACAGCGCCGCCGAAGGGAGGCUGGCCUUCCAGAAGUGGCUCGAGCCCGCGUGGCGGUCCGACCGGAUGUCGUGGAUGCUGCUGAGCACCGCGCAGGCCCUGGCCUUCGAACUGGGCGUGUUCGACCAGAAGAACGACGCCAAAGCCGCCAGCGAGUCGCCCGCCGAGCAGACGCGCAAACGCCGCCUCCGUCGUCUGAUCCUGGUGUAUAUCACGCAGAGCAGUGGACGUCUGGGCAUCCCGUCCAUGCUGCCGCUGCCGCAGUGGACCAACGACAUCCAGCCGACCUCGGCGACGGGGAAGGGCACCGAUACCAUCGUCGAUCGCAUGCACGACUGCUGGAUCGGCAUCUCCAAGAUCAUGUACCAGAGCAACCAGCUGCUGUUUGCGUCCAGCGAGCAGACCUCCGAGCUCAUCCGCAGCGGCCGGUACCGCGACCAGAUCGACCGGUUCCAGCCGUUUCUGCGGGAAUGGCGACAUAAUAUCGACACGAUUGAUUUGGCACCCUCCAUGAGAAGUAUCCUGAUGAUCGAAUACGAAUACACCCGACUGUAUGUGAACUCCCUCGCGCUGCAGGCGGUGGUCGACCGCUGGACGACCAUGUCCAACGAAGCCGCGCAGGCCCAGUGCGCGCGGCCCAACUCUGGCCCGUCCGCUGGUGCUGGGUAUUCGGUGCUCAUGGAGCUGUACCGCGUCAACGAGCAGUAUAUCCAGGAGGUUGUCGAUGCGUCUCGCAAGAUCUUGCAGACUGUCCUGGAUAUCCUUGUCCCGCGUGACCAUCUGAAGCAUACCCCUGUGAGGACCUGCUUUCGUAUCCUGUCGGGGAUGAUAUUUAUUCUGAAGACCUUCACGCUCGGCGCCAAAGAAGACGACGUGCGCGUCUCGUUGGACCUGCAGGACCGCACAAUCGAAGCCCUGAAGACGUGCGUGGUCGACGACGUGCACCUGAACCACGCGAUCGCACGGCUGCUGGAGCUGCUGACGACCAGCAUCCGCACGCGGUUCCUGCGAUUCGCCCCGCUGGACCGCAGCGGCGACGGCGAGCAGGAGCGGCCAUCGGCGCCCAACUCGCGGCACCAAUCGCCCCGGCCGCGCGACGGACCCCCGAGUCGCCGCGAGGGAUCCAGCCACGCCUGGACGCCGGCACACACCGCGACCCAGAACCUGGGCUACGUCGACGGCAACAGCACCGGCACCGGACUGGGCGUGCACGACCCCCUCGCCGGCAUCCCCGCGCAGCCCAUCAACUCCUCCAACAUCAACGUCUCCUUCAUGCCGCCGCCCCCCUCGGUCUACCACAACUACUACGACCCCAGCGCGACGCCGCCGGCCGGCGACCUCGACGGCGGCCCCGUCCCCCCGCAGUCCCUGCAUGACCACCCCGGCGCGUCCGGCGGUCUCCCGGACUGGUUCGCCCUCCCGCUGGACCAGUUCUUCAACAGUUCGACUGCUGUCGUGGACCAGGGGCUGGGCGGCACGGGGCCGAUGGUCGGCGAGUUCGACAUGCUGGAGGUGUUGCUGAACGAGCAGUAUGAUGGGAAUGGGGAGGGCGUGGACUCGGCGGGUGGGAAUCUGCCGUCGCAGUUUAUGCAGUCAUGAUGUGCGUGUAGCUAGCUCGCUUGUCUAUUG